GAUGGCUUUCAUGCAUUAAACAGCUUUUAAUAGAUCGCCGGUAUGAUUUGCAGAUGGUUGUAAACACAGCGUUCAUUUCCUAAUUCACAAAAGCGGAAGAUCUGGCUUUUCAGUCGUUUUUAUUGUUCUGUUAACGACCUUUCACAUGAUUGAUAACGAUGUAAGCUCCUCCUUGAUGUUUAAGUUUCGUUUUCCUUUCCUUCUUUCCCUGGCAGUCCCUAAACUCGACUCAGGACUGAUUCACUUCAACAUGACGGAGGCGGCGAUCGUUAAGAAGCUGUGCGCUCAGAACGGAUCGAUCAGUUACGAUGCGUUAAUAUCGAUGUUCGGUCUGUUCGAUCACGAAGCCGUGGACUCGCUCGUCGGCCGCAGUGAGUCGUUUGCGGUGGCGUUCGUGAACGGACAGAAGAAAGUGAUCGCCAGAACCAAAGUCCGUCUGUGUCGAGUCCAGAACUGUCCGGGCUGCUCGAAUCUGCAUCUGUGCAAGUGGUUUCUGUUCGGUUCCUGCCGCUUCGACAGAGGAAGACGAGGAUGCCGCUUCAGUCACGAUCUGCUCUCAGGUCAGAAUGCAUUAGUUCUGACCGCUCACGGUCUGAACACACUGGACGAAAAGGAGCUGUGCAUUCUGCUUAUGCAGAGCGAUAACACACUCCUGCCAGCGGUGUGUCAUUCGUAUAAUAAUGGCACGGGAGAAUACGGCCGCUGUCCGGACGCCGAGAACUGUAAGAGGCUCCACAUCUGCGAGAAAUAUCUGCGAGGCUCCUGCGACUGCACUCGCGCUCAUGACUUCUACGAGCCGCAUCCGCUGAAGACGCUGCAGGACAGAGGCGUCCCCGCCGAACUCAUGGCCAUCAUGAAGGAUCUGUACUCCAACAUUGAAGUCCUGAGGCGUCUUUCCAAGGCACCUUCUGCUCCAAACGCUGCGGGACCGAACCCCAGAAGAGGCCCGAAUGCACAGAACCGGAGACCGUCGAGCGGUUUUAACGCAGUCAGAGGACAGGGGGCUCAGAGGCCUCCACAAAACAACACAGAGAAAACGGAGAUCUGCAUGUAUUUCGUCAAAGGACACUGCAAGCACGGUGGCUCGUGUUGGAAGGAGCAUUCCACUCUGCCCUAUAAAUGGGAAGUUAAGGAAGGAUCCGAAUGGAAGGCUCUUCCUGACAACGAAGCCAUCGAGAAAGAUUACUGCGAUGCUGCAAGAACAUACAGCUCUGGAAUGAACAUGGUUUAUUUCGAUACGAUGACCCAAGGCUGUUACAGCGUGCGGCGUCUGUCGACAGUACCGUCGGUGCUCCAGCCCACCUUCAUCCUGACCACCGAGUGGAUCUGGUACUGGGAGGACGAGUACGGAAACUGGAUCCAGUAUGCCACAGCGGACGGGGGUCAUGGAUUGUCCUCCAUCUCCAGUGCUGAACUCGAGCAGAAGUUCCAGGCCGAUAGCAACGCCGUGGUGGAGUUCACCGCCGGAUCGCAGACAUACGAGCUCAGCUUCACAGAUAUGAUCCAGACAAACAAACGCUACACAACCAAAAAAGUCGUCAGACGUCGUCCCAAAUUUGUGUCAGCGGCUGAUGUUCGAACAAUCAAGACAACUAAAAGGACGCCCAACAAUUUCAAGGCUCUGCCGGAGCACUGGGAUAAAGCCCUGACUCCUGAAACCGGAUACAAGAGUGUGUCGCUGCAGAGCACGUCAGCCGAACACAUCAAAAUCAAAGAACUGUUCAGUCGCACCAUGGUCGGCUUCCGAAUCCUGAAGAUCGAGAGGAUCCAGAACAAAGCAUUAUGGGAAGUUUAUCAGUGGCAGAAGGACUUCAUGAAAAAGAACAACGGAGGCAGAGACGUGACCGAGAAGCAGCUCUUCCACGGCACCGACAGCACGCAUUUAGAUGCCAUCUGCCACAACAACUUCGACUGGAGGAUCUGUGGGACUCACGGCACGGCCUACGGAAAAGGUAGUUACUUUGCCAGGGAUGCCAAAUACUCGCACAGCUACACCAAAGACGCAGGCACUCGUUCCAUGUUCGUGUGUCGCAUUCUGGUUGGCAGCUACACCAAAGGUGAAUCCAGCUACCUCCGGCCUCCAUCCAAAGACGGAGGAGACACCGUCUUCUACGACAGCUGUGUGAAUGACGUCUUCGAUCCGUCCGUAUUUGUGGUGUUUGAAAAGCACCAGAUCUACCCCGAGUAUCUCAUCGAGUACAGAGAUGUCGGUGGCUUUGAUUCACCGAGCCGUCCUGCGGUGGCAAAUCCAGCAGUGGCAGUGAGGAGCCGUGUAGCUGUUCCUGCAGUCACUCGCCAUAUUCCCUCCACAAAUGCAUCUUCUUCAUAUUCCUCCUCCUCAAACAACCCCUUCUAUAAACCCUCCUCAGCAGCAUCAUCUUCAUAUACAGCCUCGUACAUUUCAUCCUCAAGCGCCUCCUCCUCGCGUGUUUCUCCCUCACGAUCUUUUUCCUCACAUGCCUCAACUCCUCCAAAGUCUUCAAAGUCAGAGUGCAUUAUUUCCUGAACGUCAUUGCUUUAGUGGAAGCCAGUAAAAAAUUCAUACUGAUAAUACAAUACUGUGAUAACACAAUAAUAGAAAAAUGGGUGAGUGGCGACAGAUCCUUUCUUCUUUAUUCUGACAUACAUCCAAAUGUGACAGAUUAUCAAUAAAAAGAAAAAAAUGUGGGGCGGGGUUAUUUGUCGAGAUGUGGGCGGGGCUCUCAAAAGUAUGCAGAUGAGCGUGAGCUUGCAGGGGCGGAGCUUAAGCGGGCAACUGGAGAAGAAGAAGACCUACAUAAUCAUAAUUAAAAAAAGAAACAUAUACAUGGAUGAAUUGUUAGAUCUGUAACAUGCAUUUGGAAAACAGACAGUGAAUUUUUAUUUCAUGCCAGCUUUCAAUAUCAAUCAGAAUAAUUAAUGCCAUUUUUAUACUAAUAAUUAAUACUUUAAUGGCAAUGUAAUCUUUGGAAUAAUCUCAAUAUUUGAGAUACUUGUCACAAUAAAACUUUCCAAUACACAACUUUAAGGGAAUUCAUUUAUUGACCUUUUUCCUCAUAAUCCUCAAAUAGAUGUGAAUGACUGACUGAAAUCUCACUGUUGAUUUUGUUUCCCAAACCAUUCAAUACCAGCGUCCCUCAGCGAUAUAAAAAUCAUGUUGAACUUCCUGAGACACUUCCUGUCUCAACUGAGGACAUUUCCACCGCACUUCCUGUCUCAGCUAAAAGUGUCUCUGCUGCAUUUCCUGUCUCAUCUGAGGACAUUUCCACUGCACUUCCUGUCUCAGCUGAGGACAUUUCCACUGCACUUCCUGUCUCAGCUGAGGACAUUUCCACUGCACUUCCUGUCUCAGCUGAGGACAUUUCCACUGCACUUCCUGUCUCAGCUAAAAGUGUCUCUGCUGCACUUCCUGUCUCAUCUGAGGACAUUUCCACUGCACUUCCUGUCUCAGCUAAAAGUGUCUCUGCUGCACUUCCUGUCUCAUCUGAGGACAUUUCCACUGCACUUCCUGUCUCAGCUGAGGACAUUUCCACUGCACUUCCUGUCUCAGCUAAAGGUGCCUCUGCUGCAUUUCCUGUCUCAACUGAGGACAUUUCCACUGCACUUCCUGUCUCAACUGAGGACAUUUCCACUGCACUUCCUGUCUCAUCUGAGGACAUUUCCACUGCACUUCCUGUCUCAGCUAAAAGUGUCUCUGCUGCACUUCCUGUCUCAGCUGAAUGCAUCUCCACUGCACUUCCUGUCUCAGCUAAAGGUGCCUCUGCUGCAUUUCCUGUCUCAACUGAGGACAUUUCCACUGCACUUCCUGUCUCAGCUGAGGACAUUUCCACUGCACUUCCUGUCUCAUAUGUUCCUAGAAUGGCUGUCAGUGCAGUUCAGUACGCGUGUCAGUAACAUUGUGCACAGUUGAGAUAAUAUUUGUUUUGACUCUUCAUUAAACCAGUUAUUUAUGGAAAUGUUUCAGGAUAUCAGGAUGCUUUAUGCAUUUCAUAUAGACAUGACAGUUAAUUAUUGAUCUCUCUCUCUCUGGCUGAACAGAUAGAGUGCAUGUCCACACUGAUACUGAAAAGCUUUCUAUCGUAUAAUCUAGUCAUAUAACGGCAUGAUCACCUGACAGCCACAGCACUUAUAAAUGUGCAGUUUAAUUGU